GCAGAAUUGCUAGAUGUUGCAGCAGGUGCUUUCAUCAAAUUCAGACUGGGUGGUGCCAAUUUUCCUCCAAACAUUUAUUAUAAAAUAUUCACUCACAGACCUAUUGUGGACAUGUGUGCCAACAGCCCUAAGGACUACACAAAACCAAACCCCAAGCAGGUGCUGCAGGAAAGGAUUCUUGGAAAAAUAUGGAAGGAUGAUGGCAGCGGCUGGUACAAGCGUAUAGAGAACAAUGGUUGGAGACUUCUUUCCAUCAGAUUUUGGAAGACUAUAGAUCCUGUAACAGAUGAGGGAAACAGAAAGGCAGAGGAGUUUCAUUACUCUAAGAUGAAGAGGAAGCAAGAAAUUGAGAAAAAGCGAAAAAAGAGAAAAAUUGAAUGGAUGAAAAAAAUGUAUUACGCAGGAAGCUUGAGGGUCACCACAGAAGAUCCUGCUGCUGCGAUGUUAAUUCAAAGGGCUGCAGAAAGCGUGGUUGACACUGUGGAGAAAGAGGGAUCAAACAGUGUAAUGGACUGGGAAGUGGAUGAAAUACUGAGAUGGACAAACGCACUCAACUACGAGCAGUACAUCAACCAAUGGAAUAAAACUGCAACAAGCAACUCAUCAGCUAACUGCCACGGCUUCCACUUUCUUCAGUCACCACGUGAUACAUGUGAAUUGUCCCGGAUUCCACACCUUAACUUAACAAGAACAGCGAGUCUUAGUUCCUUAUCUGCAAGAGAAGCAGAUUUUGCAUCACGACCAAAUGUAACACCAGCAAAUACACCUUUUCCUUGA